UGGCAAAUGAUAGAAGGUUUCGAGAACAAAUGUAAAAGCGCCACAGUCGGCGACGAGUCACAUCUCCGCAUCUCCCCGUGUGACAUCUCUCCGCUCCUCUUUCCCUCGGAUUUUUACGGGCCAAGGUUCAUCUGUGGUGGUGGUGCGUGGUCUGACCGUGAGCCGUGUGUGCGUCAAAUCCAUCGAUUAACGGGAACACAAAAUAAGAUGCAACGUCGUCUCGCUGUUCGCUGUGCGUCUGGCCGUGUCGAGGAGCUGACGAUACCGAGCGUUAUCGCGAGCAAAAUCGUCGGACGUUAAGGGACGUUAUGGGAAGAUGGUGAGACAGCUCGGUCUCCUCGGCCACUGGGAAUAUGGGUUCGCAAACAUUGGAGAUUCUGAGACAAGGCGUCUGGGCGAGCCUGACGGGUGGCUGGUUUUACGAUCCGCAUCUCGAUGUUUUCUCCAACACCUUCCACCUAUACAUCUGGCUGUUCCUGCUUUGUCUGCCGUUCACGAUCUAUCUGUAUUUUCCUCCUACAUUAUAUGUUUGGCUGGCAUAUUGUUCAUCAUUUGUCGUCGUUUUUGGAACAAUAAAGUGUAUGAAUCACGCUCUACACUGUGUAUAUGAUACAACAGAAUGUUUGGAAGAAUCAAAUCAAACCAUCAGUCAACAAAAGUCUGAGAGUGAGAAGAAACGAGCAGGCCAUAAUAAAUCAAGGGAACAGUCACAAGAUCAGAUGGGCCAUGGCAUAGAGCUACAAGUUUUGAAUGGUAAAACAGAUACACCACCUGUAGAAUGUUCAUCACGUAAUUCAUAUAUAGAACCAAAUAUACAGAAUGCCGAUGCAGAUAGCAUAACAUCUGAAUAUAAUCGUGAUAAACCUAGUUCAACCAUAGAUUUAAAGGUAGAAAUACAUAGAAAAAACAGUUCGGAAAGUUCGGAAGAGGCGCAGCAACUUAAUAAACCAAUGGUUACCAGCAUUAAUGUACAUGAAGCUGAAUUAGUUUCUGCACAAUAUCAUGAGCCACGUUUUAAGAAUAUUAUAAAUGAAUGGAAAUUGUUGCGACAAAAGUGUGUAGUGAUAGCGGAGGAAGAUAGACCGGGACCGCGUAAAUUAUGUCGGCAUGCACCUGAGGAUUCUAGAAAUCGACAUUCUAAGCAAAGUCUCGGAAAAACUGGAUCGGAGAGUCAAAUAAAACAAACUAGUUCUUUAGAAUUGGAACAUCCUGGUGACGAUUAUCCAUACUGGAAAUCCAACCAAAGCGUUCGUAGACUCAACUCCAAUUCCAUACCAAUGGAACCACAUCUGAUAAAUGAUCAUCCGCAGAGCUUAGAAAUUAUAUCAAAAAAGGGAGAUACAGACAACAAUAAAAUUUCGUCUCAUCCACAAUCGUUAGAGGUCAUUACAAAAAAACCGCAUCAACAACUGGUACAUCCACAAAGUCUUGAAACAAUUGGUGCUACUAGUAAAAAUAUAAAUAAUACUGAUGAUAAUAACCUGCCCCUUCAUCCCCAAAGUCUUGAAACAAUUAACAAAAAGGUCUUACCACAAAACACAUUGAAGAGAAACCAGUUACAACUCUUACCAUAUCUUAGUUAUGGAUCUGAAAUAGUGCAUCCAAUAGCUGAACAGAGCGAUGAACAAUUUGCUAAUGAAAGUUCAGGAGGAUUCAGUCUGCGAGACUCUUAUAGCCCAUUACUUACGCGGAAAAACAUGAACGAUGCAAACGCUACAUCUAAUAGAGACAGAAGUCUCAGUGCCGGCAGAUUCGAAGAUAGAUUUUCGAGGUUUAACGACGACAAUGGAAUAGACAAUAACUCAGCAAACUCUCGAGAUGCUUUGCUUGAUGAAUCAAAAUCUGGUGUGAAAAGAAGAUAUAGUAAUGCCAGCCAGAGCAGUCAUGAAUUUUCAGACGGUGAAAAAAGUAAGGAGAAGCGAUUGGAUAAAUCCAAGAAUGCGGAAGAUCCACUCAAUUCAGGAAGCGUAGUCGGAAUAGAUUGGUUAUUCGAGAGCGGAGAUUGUCCGGUGGAGCCAUGGACGAGUAAGAAUCUUCACACUAAAGAACCUGAUUCAGGAUCAUCCAGUACAACCACUCUCAGUAUCGAGAACGAGGUAAAGCGAAAACUGCUGCCGCAGCUGGAAGUGGACAAUACCACCAAGCGCCAUCAGGGAGCGAUCCCCAAGCAAAGCCGUCCAAAACCCGCCGCGUCGGACGCUACAGAUGACAAUAUUGUGUCGAGCGUCGAACAACCGCGAGAGAAUUUCAAACGUUAUCUUGAAGUACGACGGGAGAAGGCCAGAAGGCGAGCUGGUAAAUUCGAGCAGACUAGCGGUUCGAACAACGAGUUAAGCACGCUCUUACCGAAUCCGGCGCCACCGUUGCUAGCAGCGUUACUGAACAAUUCCGGCCGCGAUCUGCCUGGUCAAUCGAGCGCCGCAUCAUCGGAAAUGCGACUAAGUCGUAGCUCCGAGAAUCGGAACUCUCGCAGCAGGUAUGGACGAUUAAAACAUCCUAAUCGUACUCAUCGUGGACCGCGCAGCAUGUCUAAUCGCGACGACAAUGUUGUGCCGUUGACCGCGUUGUUUGGUCUGAUUUCUAGUGGCGAAUAUCACUUAGCCACUAAUCAAAACGACACCUCGGAGGGAGCUGUGCAUUACUUUCGCGACGAUAAUGGUCGCUGGCUAGCCUACACGUUUGACGAAAAAGGUUGUUCAGACGUGGCUGCCGCGGCGGCGAUGACACAAAUGCCUGCUAAUCCGCACAAUGAGAAAUUGCUAAACACUCUACUGCGUCAGCAACUCAAUCAGAAUAUACACUACGAUGCUACGAAUUGGGAGCUUGCUGAUUCGCUUAGUAACAGUUAUAGCAGUUUAUCGCUCAACUCUGCCGGUCUAACGGUGAUAAUUGACACACCGCCAGUACUGUCGAGUCCGGCGAGCAAUCAGACCAAAACGCAGAGCUCGCCGCCGUCGAAUCUAAUUUCCUCGAACACUGGCAGCUCAAAUCAAUGCACGCUCGGCGAGAAUUCGGAACGCGAACACUUUCAUCAUACGCUAAUCGCGCGCUCAGACUCGAUGGCCGACAGAAAUCGAAGGUUACAGAAUCUACUGGGCAAUAUGACUCUGAAUCAGUAUCAGUCGGAUCCCAAUAGCCGCAUGCCUGUACUGACAUUGCCGCAUCAGGAACCCGACAUAAAUACGAGUCUGUCAUGGAAUCGCUUCGUCGAUGGCCUGGAUGGCUCUGAUGGCUCCAAACCUAAGCAAACCAGACACUACUACAAAUGGAAAAUCGGCAAGCUACCACAUGUCAAGGUGCGCUUUGAUCGUCUCGCCCUGCUAGCUCUGCUCGAUCGUAACUUGACCGUGUUAGAGACCAUCGUAUCUACAUUCCUGGCGGGCACGGUCGCAGGACUGGGCCUUCUGCUGCUUCAACAGGGCUUCUAUCGGGACAUCUUUGCAUUUAUAUUCUGCUUCGUGACGGCCGGCUGCCAGUACUCACUACUCAAAUCGGUCCAGCCCGAUGCCGCAUCGCCCACGCAUGGCUUUAAUCGCAUUAUAGUGUUCUCCAGGCCUGCGUACUACAUUUUGUGCUCGAUUCUGAUUCUGAUCUUUAACGAGAUACUGAGGAACUUUAAAUCGUCUGAUUUUCGCGUCUACGGAUUGCGCGUCGCUGAUUAUGAUCUUAUACUGCAAGUGCGAAACGUUCUGCUAAUAUUUUUGCUGUGUUUUCCGAUCGUGUUCUCCUUAGGAUUAUUUCCACAGAUCAAUACGUUCCUCAUGUACGUCUGCGAACAUUUGGAUAUUCAUAUAUUUGGUGGCAACGCGACCACUAGUCUGGUGUCAUCGUUAUACUGUCUAUGCCGCAGCUUAGUCGCCGUCCUUAUCCUUUAUGGAUUCGCCUAUGGCGCGCUCCUCGAGCCCAAGUCCUCGCAGCAUAUUUUAUUCUCCAUAUUCGUUGGUCUGCUCGUCGCGAUAUCUUAUCAUUUGAGCCGAUCGUCCUCUGAUCCAACUGUGAUAUGGGAUAUCCUCAAGACGAAUUUAUGGCCACUAGAGAUAGGAGACCGAUAUGUGGAGGAGAAGGAAGCGAAAAUUAUCGAGAAUACAUCGUCGCAACGUGACAAUGUGGCUGCGAGUUAUAAAGAGGCCAAAAGUAAGUUGUCUGGCAGGAAGAAGGAUGUGAAAAUCAAAGUGGGUGAACAAAUGUCGGACACCGAACUGGUAGAUCCGUUACCGGAGAAGCUCCGUCUAACCGUAAACGCCAGACUAAAGAACGACGUAAUCGUAUGCGCGGUAAUUGGCACUCUGUCUUUCGGUAUUCAUCGUACGACAGUGUUUACUGCUCUACAACCGGAACUCAAUCCGGUAUUAUGUAGCAUUGUCAGCUGCCUGGGUUUUCUUCUACAUUAUAUUGUGCCGCAGCUACGCAAGCAGCUGCCGUGGCUGUGCCUAUCAAGGCCGGUGUUGCGCAGCCAUGAGCACGCGCAAUUUGAAGUGCGCGAGCCAGUGAGAAUCAUGUGGUUUGAGAAGGCUUACGUAUGCCUGUGCUUUCUCGAACGAAACAUUCUUUAUCCGGUUGUCUUCCUAGGCGCGCUCACCGAAUGUUCGUCGAAGAUCGCAGACAAAUUUGGCGAGAGCGUGGGCGCGCUCAUUGUCGUCGUGUGCGGUCUCAAGUCCCUCAGAUCGGCGUACUCAGACCCGUCCACACGCUACCUCGUCCUAGUCUUCGCGGUGCUUUUCUUCCAACUAGACUUUAGUAAUUUGAGCGAAACAUUCCUGAUGGACUACUUUGUUACGGGAAUCGCGUUCGCCAAGAUCCACGAACUACUUCUGAAGAUACGUUUCGUCGUCACGUACAUCGCGCCCUGGCAAAUCACUUGGGGCAGUGCAUUCCAUGCGUUUGCCCAACCCUUCUCCGUGCCACACUCGGCGAUGCUCUUCCUCCAGGCCGGCAUCUCAGCGAUGCUCAGCACGCCUCUAAAUCCGUUGCUAGGCAGCGCGAUUUUCAUCUCGUCGUACGUACGACCCGUCAAGUUCUGGGAGAGAGACUACAAGACCAGGAGGGUGGACCAUUCAAACACGCGAAUGUCCUCGCAUUUGGAGCGCAAUCUGGGAGCCGACGACAACAAUCUAAACUCGAUAUUUUACGAACAACUCACGCGCUCUCUCCAGCACAGUCUCUGCGGUGAUCUCGCACUCGGUCGAUGGGGAAACGUGGAGCAGGGCGACUGCUUUCUGCUCGCGUCAGAUUAUUUGAACUGCUUGGUGCAUAUAAUUCAAUUGGGUAAUGGACUGGUGACAUUUCAGCUCAGAGGUCUCGAAUUCCGAGGGACAUAUUGCCAGCAAAGAGAGGUGGAAGCAAUCUCGGAGGGUAUCGAGGACAACGACAACUGCUGCUGCUGCGAAAUGGGUCAUCUGUCGAAUGUACUUAGCGUGAACGCGGCCUUCAGUCAACGCUGGCUCGCUUGGGAAGUCGCGAGUGCCAAAUAUGUGCUCGAAGGAUAUUCGAUUUCCGACAAUUCGGCGGGUUCUAUGCUGCAGGUGUUUGAGUUUCGCAAGGUGUUGGUUACUUACUAUGUCAAGAGUAUCGUCUUCUACGCCGUGAAGUCGCCCAAGCUGAAGCAGUGGCUCGAAAAUCCAGACAUUGUCGAUGCGCUCAAGCCAACGCUCGACAAGAACUUUGUUGAUCUCGAUCCCGUUUUUAAUGUAAAUAUCGACGAAGAUUUUGACUUCCGAGCGAGCGGUAUCACGCGGAACAGCUUCUGCAAUGUUUAUCUCGACUGGAUACAAUAUUGCGCUGGUAAACAAGAUAAGUCGCUGGAUAGAACACGUGAUUCAUAUCUCGUAUCUCUGUGUCUCUCAUUGAGUCUGUUAGGAAGACGCGUGUUAGGUGCUGCAUCUCACAACACAUUAUCGGGUGUUGAAUUCUUUCUCUACGGGCUACACGCGUUAUUUAAAGGAGAUUUUCGGAUAACGUCAGUUCGCGACGAAUGGGUGCUGCACGAUGUCGAUUUAUUGCGCAGCGUGGUCGCUAAGGGAAUAAGAAUGGCCUUGAAACUGCAUCAAGAUCAUUUUAUGAGUCCGGAACAAUACAUCGAAUCGCCAGCGCUCUUUGAGGCUAUUGACAAUCAUGAUCAGAAUCUCGUCAUCAGUCAUGAGGCAGAUCCACUUUGGAGGAACGCAGUCUUGAGUGGUGCGCCCAGCCUUUUGGCACUCAGACAUGUACUCGAUGACGGUAUAGACGAGUACAAAGUAAUAAUGCUUAACAAACGUUACUUGAGCUUCCGAGUGAUCAAGAUGAAUCGCGAGUGUGUCCGCGGACUCUGGGCCGGCCAACAGCAGGAAUUGGUAUACCUGAGGAAUAGAAAUCCAGAGCGCGGUUCUAUACAGAAUGCCAAACAAGCACUGAGAAAUAUAAUCAACAGUUCUUGCGACCAGCCGAUUGGAUAUCCGAUUUAUGUCUCUCCGUUGACGACCAGUUACGCCGAGACCAACGAACAAUUGUGCUCGAUAAUCGGAGGACCAUUGACUUUUGGUACCAUAAAAAGCACCGUGUUGAAAUUGUGGAGAAGAAUAAGAAGAAGAUGUGGUCAAGGUUGUUCCUCGGGUGGCACUGGCUCCCAAGAUGAUGGAGGUUUCGGGAAUGACGGAGUAUACGCGAUGACUACUUACAACAUACACUCUGGCUAUGCUCAAUCGGGUCAUAAUACUUCUGGUUCGCAAUCGAUGGAAUCUGGCUGUCAGAUCGGCGGUUCGACUGGUCGAGGAUCUCUCGGUCGUGCGAAUACAGGUUCUCUUGGUGGUAACAGAGGCUCACUCGCUUCCGUCGGGAAACCAACCAGUUCAACCCUCGCCAGCCUGGCUGGAUUGCUCAGUAAUAGCGAUAUUAAAACGGAAACGAAGAGCGAGACAAGUUUCUCUAGCAAGCUCGAGAAAGAGGAAGUUUUUCAAAGAGUUCGCAUUAUGGAUCCUAAUCAAGUAUACGACGCGAUCAAUUUGGGUCGGCGUAUAGACGUGAUUUGGCCAGACGAGAGAAUGCGACAGCAAGGUGGUCGUUCCGGCUGGCAACAUUGGGUACCAGAGAGAGGUAUGGAGGGUUGCGUGGUUCACCGUUGGUCACCGAAUCAUCGCGAUCCUAAUCGACGUUCGCAUGUCGACAAAGUCAUCCUACUCAUAAAGAUCGAGGAUAAAUACGUGCCGAUAGCUGAGCAAGGCGUACGAGAUUUAGGAGCAGAGGUUUAGUAAAAUAUUUUUUUUCGGAAUUAGUGUAAUAACGUGCGAUAAUGGCUUUUGUACUCAUUAGCACGAUCGCUCUUAGAUCUGCAGUGGGCAAUAGCGCAUAUAUAUUCAACAAUUAGAAAUUUUCAAAUAAGAAUCUCUAAAUGCUAUUGGAUUUUAAAUCCCAAUGUGAUUUGUAAUUGAAAUUACUACUUUAUUAGUGUUUCGAUUCAUUUUGUAAGAAAAUGAGUUGUUAGUUUCUCAUGGUUGUACUAAUUUAAUCAAAGAAUUUUUAAUGAAAAUGUUUUUGCAAAUCAUAACCGGAGAGCGGAGGUGCGGAUUAUUAAACUAGAAACCUCAAAGAAAUAGUUGCAUAUAUAAAAUAUGAACUAUUUUUAUUAUGUAAUUUUUCUAUCACUUUUAUCAUGACAUUUUUCUUUGAAAAUAUGUAUGGCUAAGAUUCUUAUUUAAAGAUUUCUAGUAUCAAUGCGACGAAAGUGCAAAAUAAUGUGAACAAAUGUAUCAUAUUGACAAUGUUGAAUACUAGUUUCAUACUUCCACAAAGUCAAUACUCGCCAUUAGAACAUAAAUCGAAGGACUCUGAUCAGCGAUAAUACUUAAUUACAUAAAAUAUUUAACUUAUCUAUUGACAGGUUUCACUGCAAUUAUAACAUUAUAAGAUUGAGCAUUUUUUUCAGGAUAUAGACAUGUACAUAUUUUUCACUUGCUUAUGUAAGACUGUCUAAAAUUUUCUUCGAAUCUUAGCAUGCUGUCUCGUUCCAAAUUUUUUAGAUUUUUUUUCAUUUUUGUUAAUCUUGUACUUAGAAUUUUCAUCAGAUAUGAUUUAUUAGAAUUUCUUGUCAGAUUUAUAUAUAUAUAUAUAUAUUUUUUUUUUUUCAUUUUGAUCAUCAUUGUUGUUAAAGUUUUACUUUUCAAACGUUUCUACAGGAAACGCCAACGUGUUAAAUGAAUCGAAAAUUGUAAAGCCCUGUGUAGAGAAGGAAAUGGAGGGAAAGAAAUAUGAGAAUAUUUUAUCACCUUGUAAGUAUCGUAAAUACAUAUGUAUAUUGUUACUUCUCGCGAAUCGCACGAGAAGACCGCUAAUCGCCAAGUUAUUCAAUACAAAACUAAAUUGUAUCAUGUUGUACUAUAUACUGUAUAUUAUAUGAUAACUAUAUUAGUUUAUGUCCUCACCGAAUGCGGAGCAGACGUUACUUGUUGCCCAAUGUAUAUCUAGAUUACUCAAUUAUCGGUUAAAAGAAAAGGUAACGUUCGAACACGUUCCUCUUCCAUUAAUCUAUAAUAUAAAUGCGAUAUAUAUUUUUGGCGGUUGAUAUGGAAAAGAAUAAGAAAUGUUCUGAAUAAUGGAACUAUACUAUUUAUGAAUAUGUAACAAUGUAUUAUAUAAGAGCAGGAGGAAAAGGGAAUCUCUCUUAAAUAUACUGUUGCUAUAUAGGUCGUAUUCAGUAGAUUACAUAUGACAAAUGGUAUCGAUAGACUCUUUGUACAUAAAAAUAUCAUUCGUGUUUUUCUACAAAAGAUUUUGUUACACGAUUCUCUUUUUUAAAGUAGAUAAUGUAGAUAAGUUGUAAAUAUCUUAUAUUGCGCAUACCAUCGCAGACCUCGAAGCGUCCAGAAUAUUAUUCUAUUCGAGCGUGUGUUAUUUCACGGGGCCACACACGAUAGAACAUAUCCGCGUGCACUGAUAUAGCGGUUAUUAUAUCCCUCGCUUCACUUCCAUAUGCCCAUGUACAAAAGUUCAGUCGAAAUCACAUGGCAUUACUUAAUUAUAUAUGAACUGAUAAAAUUGUUAAUCUCGCGACGGUGCAUUUAUAUCUGAGAUACAUCUUGUUAAAUCAAAUAAGGGUACCAUGUAUAAAUGCACUGGUGUGCUCCAAGGGCAAUGAAACGUCUACGCUGUUAUUCUUGAAAGAAAGUUAUCAAAUUGUUUAUUUUUUUUCUUUUUAAUUUUGUAUAUAUGUUUAUAAAUUAAUCUUGCUUUACUUGUUUCACGUCAUAAAUGUUAUAAACGAAUUCGAAAACGUCUAUAUACUGGUUAUUUAAAUAAUAAGGAACGGUUGCUUGCAAAAAUUCUGUAAAUCCAUAUAUAUAGCUCGCUCACAUUCGACGCCGUGUAGAAAAAAGAAAAAAAAAUAUAUAUAUCGUAGAUAAAAGGAAAAAAAGUUUUUUGCAAGUGACCACAGAAUCACAGCAUUGCCUUAUCGUGGUGUCUUAAGAAACACCUGACUGAUGACGAAAAAGAUUAUAUAGCUAGUCUUUUAAUUGUUGGUAUAACAUACACAUUUAUGUAUCGCUUGCUGCCGAAAGACGCGGGAGAGAGAAGUUAUGUGAAGUGUAAUAAUCUUUAUUAUAUCUCUGGCCUACUAUAUCUUUAAUGAACAGUACUUUCAUACACUGAUUGUACACACAAUGAUCUUAUAUGAUCAAGAAUAAAUGAGAAACUGAAAUUUGA